CCCACUGGGGACAGAAGGCUGCCCCCUCCCUGACCCUGAAUCCUCACCAGCUGUGGCUUUGUCUGCAGUGCCACCAGGGUGGAGCAUGGAGGUCAUGGUACCCCUCAUCCUCAAUGUCCUCAAUGGCUCUGAUGCUCGCCUGCCCUGCACCUUCAACUCCUGCUACACAGUGAACCACAAGCAGUUCUCCUUGAACUGGACCUACCAGGAGUGUAGCAACUGCUCCGAGGAGAUGUUCCUCCAGUUCCGCAUGAAGAUCAUCAACCUGAAGCCGGAGCAGUUUCGAGACCGCGUGGAGUUCUCAGGGAACCCCAGCAAGUACGACGUGUCAGUGACACUGAAAAAUGUGCAGUCUGAGGAUAAGGGCAUCUACAACUGCUACAUCAUGAACCCGCCCGACCGCCACCGUGGCCAUGGCAGGAUUCACCUGCGGGUCCUCAUGGAAGAGCCCCCUGAGCGGGAUUCCACGGUGGCAGUGAUUGUGGGCGCCUCGGUGGGGGGCUUCCUGGCUGUGGUCAUCUUGGUGCUGAUGGUAGUCAAGUGCGUGAGGAGGAAAAAAGAGCAGAAACUGAGCACCGACGACCUGAAGACUGAGGAAGAGGGCAAGACGGAUGGCGAGGGCAACGCAGACGAUGGCACCAAGUAACAGGCAGGCUGCCCGGCCUGCCGCCCUCCCGUGUGUUCUGUCUCCCCCGACUCUGCCCUGUACAGUGUGACCCCACCUGCCCUCUCUUGGUGUGCUUC